AUGAUCGCAAGAUUAAAGAGGUAGCGAUUUGCUUGUUAAUAUUUGUAGGUGCCACCUCCUCCUCACAGACCAUUAGACUCUAAAAUAUUGUUCCCCAAUAGACUUAAUGGAUUGCCUGACUGGGAAAUGCUUUAAAAUCACUUAAAGCUAGAGGGCAGAAUUAGAAAAGCUGAUUUUAUGAAAAUAGUCAAGGCUACUACUGAGUUAUUGAAAACUGAGCCUAAUAUGAUUUCCUUAACAGAUCCAGUGUGUGUUUUCGGGGAUUUGCACGGUCAUUUUUAUGACUUAAUUAACAUUUUCCAAGCAAUCAAUGGAGUGACUGACUUCAAACUCUUAUUCCUGGGAGAUUAUGUAGACAGAGGUCCUUAUUCUGUUGAGAUCAUCACUUUCCUCUUUGCUCUCAAAAAUGGGAAGUAUUUUUGCAUUCACGGAGGACUGUCUCCCAAAUUGAAAUCUAUUUCAAAUAUUAAUCAAAUAGACAGGAAAUAAGAAAUACCAGAGAGUGGAUCUCUGUGUGAUCUCUUAUGGGCUGAUCCUGUUUCAUCAGAUAAUGGCACUCACGAAGAAAAGGAAAUUGAUUUUGUCAAGAAUUAAAGACGUGGCUGCUCUGUCCUUUUUGGAAAAAAGGCAGUAAAUACAUUCUUAUCUGCAAAUCAAUUGGUUUGUGUAAUUAGGGCACAUGAAGUACAGUAAACUGGGUAUAAAUUUCAUAAAUGGAAUGGAGCCACUCACUUCCCCUCAGUAAUUACUGUAUUUUCAGCACCCAAUUACUGUGAUGUCUACAACAAUAAAAGUGCUAUUAUAAAGAUCUAGGAUGGAAAUUUCAAUAUAAAGUAGUUUAAUUACACUCAUCAUCCAUACAUGCUACCUAAAAACAUGGAUGUGUUUACUUGGUCUUUGCCUUUUGUCUUUGAGAAGGUUUAGGAAAUGCUUGAAGUCAUAGUUAAGAAAUGUGCAGCUGUAGAUGAUGAGGAAGAAGAAGAGGAAGAGUAGAAAGACCCAAACGUCUUGAAUGUAAAGAUGACCAAAAUGAAUGCUCUCAAGAGGAAGUCUACACUAAGGACUGUAAUGUCACAUAAGAUCAUGUUUCUAUCUAAAGUCUCGUCACUACUAAAAAGAGCAAGGGAAAAGAAUGAAGCACUGAUUAAAAUACAUGGAAUGUGUCCAGAUAAAAUGAUCCCAGACGAGAUGAUUGGAGAGUGCUCAAUUGAGAUUAAGGAUUCAAGCAAGCAUUUCUUCAAGGCAACUAAAUUUGACACUGAAAAUGAAAUGAGGCCUAUGAUGCCAAGAUGA